AUGGCUCCUAGGAAAAAAGCUGGAACGCCAGCUUCUGCACCGAUGAGCGCGUUAGCAGCUCGCAAGGCUCGUGAAGAGGCGCUGGCCAACAGGAGCGAAGGGGAUCCUUCCACCUUGGGCAAUGGCGAAGCUGCUCCAACAUCUCGCCUGUCUCGCAGGCAAUCAGAGAAUGCUGAUGCUACUGUCGAGGUACCGACUACUGCAUCACAUCCUGUUGCAUCCGAUUCCACUUUGGCUUCGUCCUCCUCCGCCAGAACCUCAUCUUCCACUCUCAAACGAUCACGUAGGUCAUCUACAGCGCCAGACCCCACUUCCAUCGCCGUUACCAGACCAAAGAGAAACUCAAAUUCAUCCAGCGCUCAGCUGCCGCCUGAUUCGACUCCUAGCAAGGCGACCAAGGCUACUCUGAGUGACCGCAGCUGUAGGACACAGUCUUCGACUCAGACGACCCCCGCUGGUAGAAACAGGGGUAAAGAUCGGCAAAUCUCUGAUGCAGAAGAUAUCGAAAAUGAUAUGAACUCAGACCACGACAUUCAGCAAAUUCUCUCCGAGUUCGGUCGCGAGGCUGCGAGAUCAGACAUAGAAGCCUCAGGAUCAGAACAACCACCGCCCAAGAAGCGCGCAAAGCAGCCCUCCCACCCACGUCCAACAGUAAACGAUCCCAAGAAGAUGCCCAUAAACCGCACUCAUACGGAUGCGACUCCAGAAGUCAAGAUGUCGUCCAAGAAUGUCGCGCUCACAAAGCUGGCGUCAAAGGAAAUGCACUCAGAAGAGUCGAGCACCUCUCAGCAUAAGGCCCAGCAACUGGUACAGAGGAAGCCCACCGAACAGCAAGUACGCACACGAGGUGCUAAGCGCUACUUUGCCGACAAGUCUCAUCUGCGCGGAGAGAGCCAUAUUGAUUCAUCUGCCAUGCCAAUUGAGGACGAGGUGACGGGUUUCCUCGCAUUUGGCCACGAGGAAGAUGACGAGGAUCAGUCCAUAGAAGCAAAUGGCGUCCCAGACGUUGAUCCGAAAGUAGACAAGAAGGCAAAAGAUAUGCAGUCUGACCUAGAAUCACACGAUUCCUCCGAGGACGAAGAGCAACAGGGCCCAACAGCUGCUGGUAACAAUGGCAAGAAGCCCAAUACGCGCUCAGUAAAUAGAAGCAGGCAUCGUGCGGACCCUAACGGCAACGGUCACCAGACGAGUCGGACGCACGUAACAACCAAUCACGCGCUCGUCAACCAACACGAACAAGAUGAUGAUAGUGUCGAUGACGGUCAUCUCCAAAUCGGUGCGCCUGCUCUCACUCGGGCAGCGCUCUUGAAUGCCAUUCCCUACUCCAACUUUACUCCUAUCCUCGACGGCAAGCUGAAGAACACGAUAGUCGUGGAAAAUAAGCGCAAGCGAGGCAGGGAAGCCCUUUACUUCGGCCUGCGUAACGGAGAAACACUCGUCUUUCUCGGUAUCGGCCAUGUCGAAAUCCUCCAAGGGAGCGCUCAGGUGGGAGGUGCGGUAUUGUCUCCUGCCACACACGGCUUCAAAGCUGCCAACAUCUUUGCACCCAUCAGUAAUCCGCUUCCGGUCCUCAAGUCUGUCUCGACAUCGCACUACCCGGGUCAAGGCAUGGCAUCGGCUGACUCUCUGAGCAGCAAUGCGGAUAAGAACAGUGACACCUACGUCGAUGAACUCUUGGAUGCUGCAUUUGACACAGUCGUCAAAGUGACGCCGUUCGCUUCUCCCAUCACAGCGCUCGGCCAGGUCUGCCCCAUCGGUGGCCUUGCCACACCAUUCUCUGCACCCCCAAGCCUAGAGCUUAGCAACAAGGUUCACCAUCUUGCUGGGAUCAAAGUGCUGUUCGAGCCCAGCAUCGAAGAGAUUGCACAAAAGCCAAAGAAUCUCCUUGCGGAUGGCACGUUUUCCACAAUGGGCCUCAGCGCCGCUUACAUUCCUCACAAGUGGCAAGCCUCUCUACACCAUCUUUCAGCAGCUGCAUUGUCCGCUGCGCAGCACCCCCAGGAGGAGUCUGUCGUCGCUCUCAUUCGCGGAAAUAAAAAGGUUGGCAAGAGUACCUUGAGCCGCAUGGCUCUCGAGAGGCUGCUGUCGAUGGGCAAAAACAUUGGCGCAAAGGUUGCAUACCUCGAGCUUGAUCUCGGCCAGAGCGAUUUCGGUCCACCGGGAAUGGUAGCUUUGCACGUCUUUAGUCUCAGCGACAAUGUUCAAAGUGAUCCUGUAGGAGAGGAAGCUGAUGCAGUCACGGCGAUCAGCCAAUCCCAGCCGCAAGACACGGUUGACACCGAAGAGUCGAUUGCAGUGCCAAAAAGCAAUGGGGUGCGCAGCGUUCGCAGCGUCAUCUCGCUCGGUCCUGGUUGGUGCCAGCCACGCGUACCAGUGCGAGCACACUUUAUCGGAGAUGUUUCACCCCGAGAUGAUCCAGAAAGCUAUGUUGCUGCUGUGCACGACUUGAUGGAUUUCUUCCGGGCACGAAUCCAGCCAGGCGAGCCAAACGAGAAUGGCGGGUCUCAUCGUGUUCCGAUCGUCAUCAACACGCAAGGCUGGAUCAAGGGACUGGGUGCCGAUCUUGCCGCGCGCAUCGUGCCCAUUCUACGACCAACUCACAUCUUUGACGUGAUCCCGCGAGGCUCACCAGACCCAAUACCGCCUCCUACUCGUGGCCACCCGUGGCUGGACGUUGAGGGGGCCAUUCUUGGCGCGGGACCCGAGAUAGUCACCCUGGAGAGUGUGUCGCAGCUGGAGUUUGUGCAAGGUAGCUUUGGUGGCGGGGACAAGCGUUCUGACACCGGUGGGAAGCAGCUCAACGGCACGUCUGAGACAAACGAAGAAAAUGACAGCCUUGGAGAUGGAGGCUCAGAACCCCCUCGCUACAUCACCGAAGUCGGAUCCAAGUUGGCCCCGGCCGAAGCUCGGCUGUUGAACGUGAUGAGCUACCUUUACGCAACCCAGCUUGCUCCCGCCGAGCCUGACCAUGCUCUUCAGGUUCGAGGCAGCUGGGACCUAAGCGAGCCGCUUGUACAUCGACGUCCUCUGGUGGUUAACGUUGCCCAAGGCCUGAAAGCAGGAAUCCGGGUGAUGGCUCUCGGAUCCUCGGUGCCGGAUAGCCUGAAACUCUUUGCUCUGAACUCAUCGAUUGUCGCCAUUGUUAUCAGAGAGUGUGAUGCAGCGCAGGACGCGGACGCACCACAAGAUGUACAUGGAAACAUCGAGGCGCAGAAGGAACAUGAUGUUGCAAGCCCGUGGAAGCAGGCUUUUGACCGCGCUGCACAGAUUGCACCGUCUGGGUUGAAAUCGUCAACGCGCUGCAUUGGACUGGGCAUCGUUCGGUCCAUCGACGCAGACGCAGGGCACGUGCAUCUGCUCUCACCGCUGGACCCGGCGUUUCUUCACCGAAUCGAAGCGAGCACCGGCGCCAGUAUUGGAUUGGUAAAAGGUGCGCUCGAGCUCCCCGUCUGGGCGUCGCUUAAUUUCGAGGCCAUCCAAGAGGCGCGCGAAAGCAGACUCGACGUCCCGCCCGCAGCUCAACAUUCGACUGCCAAUGGCGACGAUCAGCAGCAGCAGCAGCUCCUUGCCGGAAUGCCAAGGAACCAAGUUCCCUACCUCGAAUGGCCUCAUUCAGCAAAUCAGAAUUACAAACGCAAACACUUAGCCACCAACAGCCUCGGCUCCAUGAGCAGCGGCACAAGCACCGUUCAGCUGGGCUCGGAAAAGCGCCGCAUCCGCCGCAACCUCAUGCGCAAGAGUCAAUUUGUAUAA